GAAGGCUGUCCAAAUUCAUAGGCUGCUCCGAAUGCAGCCGACAAAUGGGUCCUCAUUUUCUCCGAAUUUGAGGAUGGGUCUGAUGUAUCCUUCUUUGCCCACCAUAUCCCAGAAUUCAUAGCGCGGCCCAGCCAAACUCUAGUUUCCGGUAAUGGCGGCCGGUACUACGUUUUAAAAUUACUCUUAUUAAUUUUUCUGGGUCACAAAAUAAACUUUUAACAUAUUUUCAGGCGAGAAAGUAGCUGUGUAAACAUCAAAUAUCUGCUCGGUUUAUCAAGAUAUCGCAUAUUUGGAAAAGUGCUUCGACGUUUUCGGAGACGCCUGCUACCCACCAGCUCGAUAGCGAGCCGGGAGCUCGAGGGUCACUGAAGCCGCCGAGAACGGCACAACUCCCGGCACAUCAUUUUCAGAUCACCGCGGACUUUCGCUACUCGGGUUAAACGUAGUAUAUAAGUAUAAUCAUGAAAUAUAACCUGAGACAACCUAAAAAUGCUAUUGUUGGGCUUUUACAGUGUUUUGUUUGUUCGUGAGUAAAUCGGUUUGGCUGAGAUUAAAGUUAUUAGAUUAGAUUAGAUAAAAUAAAACUUUAUUAAUCCCCCGAGUGGGUUCCUCCUUGGUUUUUAUACAGCUGACUAAACGUCAAACAGAAAACUGAUUAAACAGAAGUGUGAGACGGUCGAGAAUUUACUCCAGUGUCCUGUUAUAUUUUAUAUAGCAAGGAGCAGACGGCCGAGUUUAUUAAACUCCACCGAGACAGCGGUGACGUUAAUCAGAAGGCUAGACCGUCCAAUUUCACUGCCGUUUACUUCCGGCCUACCCGACCGUCUGAGGACCCGGCCCACUUAGAUUGCGAAGGCCCGGUCCUCAGGAGGAUGCAGCCCAUGAAUUUGGACACGACCGAAGACUGAUUAAAAGCACAAAGGCAAUCAAAACGUACAGGAGAACAUGCGAAGGAGACGCAUUCCUCCACGGGAGGAUGCAGUCUGUCAUGUUUCUGCUGGAAGGGACAAACUGGGACUUGAUAUCCACUACAUAAAUGCCUUCAAAGGUCGGGGCAUUUUCACGACUGUUCCAUUCCAAAAAGGAGACUUCCUUUUGGAAUACAGAGGUAAACUCAUAACAAAAGACGAAUGUGAGCAGAGACACAGAGUUUAUCAUGACAGCCUGAAGGUGUUCAUGUUUGAAUUCAAGUUUGAUGGAAAACUCUGGUGUGUGGAUGCAUCUCAAGAAGAUGGGUCAUUAGGCAGACUUGUCAACGACAACCACAUCAGUCCAAGUGCUAAGAUGAAAAUAUUAAAUAUCAAUGGAAAGCCCCAUCUAUGCUUAUUUGCAAGCAGAGACAUAAGUCCAGGCGAAGAAAUAGACUAUAAUUAUGGUGACUCGGAUUGGCCCUGGAGAUGCAAGACUGAGACCAGCCAGAUUCAGAAGACUGUGAGCUGCCUAAAGCCGCAACCAAACUGCAUUCCAAACAAUGAUCUGGACCUGAAACAUCCAGAGCCUGAAAGGGAUCAUGAUGAAGAAAUGCCUCAGCAAGGCUCAGAAGCCAUGCAUUCUUCUUCAGCGCAAGAUUCUGAAGAGACUGAGACAAGCCAGAUUCAGAAGACUGUGAGCUGCCUAAAGCCGCAACCAAACUGCAUUCCAAACAAUGAUCUGGACCUGAAACAUCCAGAGCCUGAAAGGUGUCACAGUCAUCGUCUGGUGUGCACAACAAUAUCAUCUUUGGACAAGUGCAUUCAGUGUGUGGGACCGGUUUCCUCCCUCAAGUGGCUUGGCUAUAAGUGCAAAGUUUGUUUAGGGGUCUGGCACAAAUCCUGCCUUGCAAAAUUGUCAAAUCAGAAUUGUCACCAGUCAACACAGAAAGAAGAAAUUUCUGAAUAUUCAGGGGAAGAUGGAUUGCCACAUUCAGUUCUGGAUCAAAUAUCAAGCGAUGAUGAUGGCAACCACAGCAUAUCAGAAGAAGAAUAUGUGCCAGAUUCAGAGUCAUAUGAUGAAGAUUCAGAUGAAGACAUCUUAUUAUUGCCAAGCACAUCAAAAGGUCUGCUAUGCCAAGAUGACAUCUCCAAAGCGCAUGAACAAUCAGAUUCAACGAAUUUAAUCCACAACUUGACAAAGGACAAGCCAGAAGAUAAAAGUGAGCUUUGCGAAACUGAAUCAGAAAAAAUGACUUUAAGUAAAAGAAAUUACUGCUAUUUUUGUGGCAAACCACAAGCUAAAAUUUCCCGCCACCUGAAAACGCACAAAACAGCUCCUGAUGUUGUGCAUGCAUUUUCCCUGCCUAGAGACUCAAACGAGCGUAAAAGCCUGUUAGAGAAAUUGAGAAAUAAGGGAAAUUUUAAGCAUAAUGCUGCAGUGUUGCAUGGUGGAGUGGGACCACUGAAAGUGAAGAGAAGACCCAAGAUUAAAGCAGUAGAGGGAAAGUUUGCUCAUUGCUUUUAUUGUCAAGGGAUGUAUGUUCGCAAGGAUCUUUGGAGACAUGUCCGCAGAUGUCCUAACAAACCAAAAGAUGACACGGAUAAAGAAUCUGGAAGAACCAAAGUACUCGGCCUGGCUUUAACUCUGGAGUCUCAGUGUUAUCCGCAGGUGUCAAGUGGAGUGUGGAAGGUUCUUGCUGUUAUGAAACAAGAUGAGAUUGCCUCAGCUGUGCGAAAUGACUUUACUGUUAUUCAGUUUGCCCAGUCCCUCUACAAUAAACAUGGACAAGACCCUACUAAGUAUGAUUAUAUACGACAGAAGCUUCGUGAAGCGGGACGUUUGUUGUUGUGUCUGCGUACAGAAUUCUCAGUGCAUAACAUCGAAGAAGCUAUUAAGCCUGCUAACUUCCAGAGAGUUGUGCAAGCAAUAAAGAAAGUUUCAGGUUUUGAUGAAGAGACACUGUCAUACAAAACUCCAAGCCUUGCGCUGAAACUGGGACAUACACUGCAUAAAAUGUCUGACAUUAUCCAUUGUCGUGCCCUCAUGACAGAGGAUGAAGCCCUAAUCAAGUCCACUGAUGCGUUCAAGAAGUUGUAUGUCUCCAAAUGGUCCGAGAUGGUGUCUCACCGUGCCUUGAACACAUUGAGUGAGGCAAAGUUUAACAAGCCAUCAACAUUGCCCUUUACAGAAGAUGUUCGGAUUCUCCAUCACUACCUUCAAAAAUCUGCAGAAAGUGCCUUUUGCAGCUUGGAGAACGAAGCCACAGCUCAGAAUUAUGCCCAACUUGCACAAGUUACACUCUCACAAAUCAUUGUGUUCAAUCGAAGACGUUCUGGAGAGGUUUCAAAGAUGCGCCUCAAAAGUUUUCUUGAAAGAGACAAAACGGCACUCCACACAGAUGUUUCCAUGGGGCUCUCAGAAAUGGAACAGAGACUCUGUAACUAUUUCUGUAGAAUAGAAAUAAUGGGAAAAAGGGACAGAAAUGUUCCAGUUCUGCUAACACCAAGCAUGCUGGAUGCUCUGUCACUACUGGUUAGUAGGAGGCCUGACUGUGGUAUUUGUGCCACUAAUAUCUACCUCUUUGCAAGACCCCGAUCAAUGAGUCAUUACAGAGGAAUGGACUCCUUGCAUGUUCAUGCACACCAGUGUGGAGCAAAGCACCCUGAGUAUCUAAGAUCGACACAGCUCAGAAAACAUGUUGCCACACUCUCACAAGUCCUUAAUUUGAAAAACAAUGAACUUGAUCAGGUUGCAGAUUUCCUGGGUCAUGAUAUCCGCGUUCACCGCGAAUUCUACAGAUUACCAGUUCCCACAACACAGCUGGCCAAGAUUUCCAAACUGCUUUUAACACUGGAAAAAGGACAUCUUUCCCAGAUCCAGGGGAAAUCACUGGAUGAGAUCGAAAUUGAAGAUGAAAUUGCAUUAAGUGAUGCUGAAACAAAGGACAGUGAGAGUGAAUCAGAUGAUGAUGACACAGCACUCACAAUGUCGGCGUGUGGCACCAGUGAGCCUGUACAUGCAGUAGCUGAUUCCACAAACACAGCGCAGCUCCAAGACACUGUAGAUUGUGCAGAUGAAGAACCACUCAUAAUGCCUGCAGCAAGUGAGACUGCUGCUCCCUCUGAAGAUAAAAAUGCUGCUCAAUCCCACAAUUCCCGAAGAGCUCCCAAAAACAUGUGGUCCAAGGCUGAGGUUGCUGCAGUGAUGAGGCAUUUUAAAGACCACAUAAACGAAGGGAAACUGGCCACCAAAAAUGAAUGCAGUCAUUGCAAAUUGGUAGAAGAUCCGAUGUUGGCAGGAAGAACAGUUCAAAACAUAAGAGAUUUUGUAAGAAACAGAGGAUUAACUGCAAAAAGGCAGAAAAAAAUGAACUAAAAUAACUGUUUAGCCAGAUGUGGUUUUACAUCUUGGUCAGAUGGCCAAACUGUUGUUAAAACUGAGUUAUUGUGCAGCAGGCUGCCUGAUGUUCUGUUUAAAAAAAAAAAAAAAAAAAAAAAAAAAAAAAAGUUCUUGUUAAUUACAGAAGUAGUUUGUAUUUCAUAAUUUUUUUAUUUAAUUUAUUUAGUUUUUUUGACAGGUUCUUAUUUUAAUAUAUUUUUUUUGACAGGUUAUAUUUAAAAUAAAAAAAUAUAAAUGCAUAUUUUCUCCCCUUAAUAUUUACCUUUAAACUUCUAUAUUUUUAUAUUUCUGUGGUUAGCGUGGGCAUUUUUGUCCAUAGGGUUAGGGUUAGAUUUCUUUUUUAUUUAUGGUUAAAAUUAAUGUUCAGAUCCAUUAAUUUUAUGGUUAAAAUUAAUGUUCAGAUCCAAGAACACUAAUAAAAUGAUG